UAAUAAUAAUAAUAACAACUUUAUUUUUAUACCCCGCCUCUAUUUCCCCAAAGGGGACUCAGGGCGGCUGACAUGGGGCCAAGCCCGAAUAAAAACAAUAGCAAUAUAUAAAUAAUAAUAAUAAUAAUAAUAAUAAUAAUAACAACUUUAUUUUUAUACCCCGCCUCUAUUUCCCCAAAGGGGACUCAGGGCGGCUGACAUGGGGCCAAGCCCAAAUAAAAACAAUCACAGUAUAAAACACAACAACAGACAAGAGACAUGCACAAUUAUAAAAAUUUAAACUAAUGACAAGAACUAAUAAAAACAUGGAUUAAACGGAGAGGUUGUAAAAGUAGACACCUCCCAACAAAGGAUUCCCUCGGCAGGAAGCAGCCAGGCUUUGAAGCUGCAAGAUAUUUCGAUGCUAAUCAAGAUGAUUAAUUGCAACAUUCAUACAUGCCUCCAACAGACAAGAGUUCUUUCUUUCUCCCACCCUGGACAUUAUUCCAGAUACAGAAACCCCUCUUGCCUGCUUUCCAACAGACCUCACAACCUCUGAGGAUGCCUGCCACAGAUGUGGCUGAAACAUCAGGAGAGAAUGCUUCUGUAACAUGGCCAUACAACCCGGAAAACUCACAGCAACCCAGUGAUUCCAGCUAUGAAAGGCUUCGACAACACAAUAAAUGCAUUCUUAGUUUGCAAUAUUUUAGUAGCAGAAUUUGCAUUUCAGUAAAAAAAAAAAAAAAGACAAAUAAGUGGAUAAUAGGACAAAUCAGGCCUGGCCUCUUUCUAGAAACCAAGAUAAUUGAACUAAGACUGCAAUAUUUUGGACACAGCAUGAGAAGAUACAGCUUCUACCUUGCCAAGACUAUAAUAAGGCAGCAGGAAAAGAGGGAAGGAAAAAAAUACUCAUAAUGAUUCAUUCCCAGGUCAAAAACAGUUUCGUGACAGGCAAGAAAUCCUGUUGAGAAGAACUAACUAACAAACUAACUAACAUGCCUCACAACCUCUGAGGAUGCCUGCCAUAGAUGUGGGCGAAACGUCAGGAGAGAAUACUUCUGGAACAUGGAGAUAUAUUCCUCACAACCUCUGAGGAUGCCUGCCAUAGAUGUGGGCGAAACGUCAGGAGAGAAUACUUCUGGAACAUGGAGAUAUAUUCCUCACAACCUCUGAGGAUGCCUGCCAUAGAUGUGGGCGAAACGUCAGGAGAGAAUGCUUCUGGAACAUGGAGAUAUAUUCCUCACAACCUCUGAGGAUGCCUGCCAUAGAUGUGGGCGAAACGUCAGGAGAGAAUACUUCUGGAACAUGGACAUAUAUUCCUCACAACCUCUGAGGAUGCCUGCCAUAGAUGUGGGCGAAACGUCAGGAGAGAAUACUUCUGGAACAUGGAGAUAUAUUCCUCACAACCUCUGAGGAUGCCUGCCAUAGAUGUGGGCGAAACGUCAGGAGAGAAUACUUCUGGAACAUGGACAUAUAUUCCUCACAACCUCUGAGGAUGCCUGCCAUAGAUGUGGGCGAAACGUCAGGAGAGAAUACUUCUGGAACAUGGACAUAUAUUCCUCACAACCUCUGAGGAUGCCUGCCAUAGAUGUGGGCGAAACGUCAGGAGAGAAUGCUUCUGGAACAUGGAGAUAUAUUCCUCACAACCUCUGAGGAUGCCUGCCAUAGAUGUGGGUGAAACGUCAGGAGAGAAUACUUCUGGAACAUGGAGAUAUAUUCCUCACAAGUUCUGAGGAUGCCUGCCAUAGAUGUGGGCGAAACGUCAGGAGAGAAUACUUCUAGAACAUAGAGAUAUAUUCCUCACAACCUCUGAGGAUGCCUGCCAUAGAUGUGGGCGAAAAGUCAGGAGAGAAUGCUUCUGGAACAUGGAGAUAUAUUCCUCACAACCUCUGAGGAUGCCUGCCAUAGAUGUGGGAGAAACGUCAGGAGAGAAUACUUCUGGAACAUGGAGAUAUAUUCCUCACAAGUUCUGAGGAUGCCUGCCAUAGAUGUGGGCGAAACGUCAGGAGAGAAUACUUCUAGAACAUAGAGAUAUAUUCCUCACAACCUCUGAGGAUGCCUGCCAUAGAUGUGGGCGAAACGUCAGGAGAGAAUGCUUCUGGAACAUGGAGAUAUAUUCCUCACAACCUCUGAGGAUGCCUGCCAUAGAUGUGGGAGAAACGUCAGGAGAGAAUACUUCUGGAACAUGGAGAUAUAUUCCUCACAACCUCUGAGGAUGCCUGCCAUAGAUGUGGGCGAAACGUCAGGAGAGAAUACUUCUGGAACAUGGAGAUAUAUUCCUCACAACCUCUGAGGAUGCCUGCCAUAGAUGUGGGCGAAACGUCAGGAGAGAAUACUUCUGGAACAUGGACAUAUAUUCCUCACAACCUCUGAGGAUGCCUGCCAUAGAUGUGGGCGAAACGUCAGGAGAGAAUACUUCUGGAACAUGGAGAUAUAUUCCUCACAACCUCUGAGGAUGCCUGCCAUAGAUGUGGGCGAAACGUCAGGAGAGAAUACUUCUGGAACAUGGACAUAUAUUCCUCACAACCUCUGAGGAUGCCUGCCAUAGAUGUGGGCGAAACGUCAGGAGAGAAUACUUCUGGAACAUGGAGAUAUAUUCCUCACAACCUCUGAGGAUGCCUGCCAUAGAUGUGGGCGAAACGUCAGGAGAGAAUGCUUCUGGAACAUGGAGAUAUAUUCCUCACAACCUCUGAGGAUGCCUGCCAUAGAUGUGGGCGAAACGUCAGGAGAGAAUACUUCUGGAACAUGGAGAUAUAUUCCUCACAACCUCUGAGGAUGCCUGCCAUAGAUGUGGGCGAAACGUCAGGAGAGAAUACUUCUGGAACAUGGAGAUAUAUUCCUCACAACCUCUGAGGAUGCCUGCCAUAGAUGUGGGCGAAACGUCAGGAGAGAAUACUUCUGGAACAUGGAGAUAUAUUCCUCACAACCUCUGAGGAUGCCUGCCAUAGAUGUGGGCGAAACGUCAGGAGAGAAUGCUUCUGGAACAUGGAGAUAUAUUCCUCACAACCUCUGAGGAUGCCUGCCAUAGAUGUGGGCGAAACGUCAGGAGAGAAUACUUCUGGAACAUGGAGAUAUAUUCCUCACAACCUCUGAGGAUGCCUGCCAUAGAUGUGGGCGAAACGUCAGGAGAGAAUGCUUCUGGAACAUGGAGAUAUAUUCCUCACAACCUCUGAGGAUGCCUGCCAUAGAUGUGGGCGAAACGUCAGGAGAGAAUACUUCUGGAACAUGGAGAUAUAUUCCUCACAACCUCUGAGGAUGCCUGCCAUAGAUGUGGGCGAAACGUCAGGAGAGAAUACUUCUGGAACAUGGAGAUAUAUUCCUCACAACCUCUGAGGAUGCCUGCCAUAGAUGUGGGCGAAACGUCAGGAGAGAAUACUUCUGGAACAUGGACAUAUAUUCCUCACAACCUCUGAGGAUGCCUGCCAUAGAUGUGGGCGAAACGUCAGGAGAGAAUACUUCUGGAACAUGGAGAUAUAUUCCUCACAACCUCUGAGGAUGCCUGCCAUAGAUGUGGGCGAAACGUCAGGAGAGAAUACUUCUGGAACAUGGAGAUAUAUUCCUCACAACCUCUGAGGAUGCCUGCCAUAGAUGUGGGCGAAACGUCAGGAGAGAAUGCUUCUGGAACAUGGAGAUAUAUUCCUCACAACCUCUGAGGAUGCCUGCCAUAGAUGUGGGCGAAACGUCAGGAGAGAAUACUUCUGGAACAUGGAGAUAUAUUCCUCACAACCUCUGAGGAUGCCUGCCAUAGAUGUGGGCGAAACGUCAGGAGAGAAUACUUCUGGAACAUGGAGAUAUAUUCCUCACAACCUCUGAGGAUGCCUGCCAUAGAUGUGGGCGAAACGUCAGGAGAGAAUACUUCUGGAACCUGGCCACACAGCCUGGAAAACACACAACAACCCUAACUAACUUUUGCUCCUUCUAUACUGCCAUGUAAGCAUCCAGAUGAUCUGCUUUGAACUGGGAUAUAUUCUAUGAGCCUACAUAAAUACACUGCCAGAUAACCCAGUUCAAAGCAGACCACCUGGAUUUUGAAUGGCCGUGUGUGGAAGGGGCCUCGUUCCCAUCCAAAAGGCCAUUGAGGGCCACUUAGGGCACAAUAAAGCAUCCUAAUAAUCAGCUUUAUUUGUGACCCGUCUUAUCUCCCCAGAGGGACUCGGAGUGGAUUCCAGGACAAAAGGGGCAAACAUUCAGUGCCGUUGUUGUUGUUGUUUAUUUGUUCAGUCGUGUCCACCUCUGGGUGACCUCCUGGACCAUCCCAGGCCAGAGCCCCCUGUCGGCACUCGUGGCCACCCACCCACAGCUCCUUCAAGGCCAAGCCAGUCCCUUCACCUCACUGGCAUGUGGCAUGCAUCACCUUCCAAGAUUUUAAACAGCUCAACUGGGAUUCCAUCGUCUCCUGCUGCCUUGUUGUUAGCAAUGCUUCUUAAGGCCCAUUCAACCUUAAUAUAAGAUGAUUUUUUUCAAUCCUAUGACCAUUCUUGUGUUUUCCAUAUUUGCUGGCAUAUGGCAUGCAUCAUCUUGACAGCAUCACCUUCCAAGAUUUUAAACAGCUCAACUGGGAUUCCAUCAUCUCCUGCUGCCUUGUUGUUAGCAAUGCUUCUUAAGGCCCAUUCAACCUUAAUAUAAGAUGAUUUUUUUCAAUCCUAUGACCAUUCUUGUGUUUUCCAUAUUUGCUGGCAUAUGGCAUGCAUCACCUUGACAGCAUCACCUUCCAAGAUUUUAAACAGCUCAGCUGGGAUCCCGUUGUCUCCUGCUGCCUUGUUGUUAGCAAUGCUUCUUAAGGCCCAUUCAACCUUAAUAUAAGAUGAUUUUUUUCAAUCCUAUGACCAUUCUUGUGUUUUCCAUAUUUGCUGGCAUAUGGCAUGCAUCAUCUUGACAGCAUCACCUUCCAAGAUUUUAAACAGCUCAACUGGGAUUCCAUCAUCUCCUGCUGCCUUGUUGUUAGCAAUGCUUCUUAAGGCCCAUUCAACCUUAAUAUAAGAUGAUUUUUUUCAAUCCUAUGACCAUUCUUGUGUUUUCCAUAUUUGCUGGCAUAUGGCAUGCAUCACCUUGACAGCAUCACCUUCCAAGAUUUUAAACAGCUCAGCUGGGAUCCCGUUGUCUCCUGCUGCCUUGUUGUUAGCAAUGCUUCUUAAGGCCCAUUCAACCUUACUCCUCAGGAUGUCUGGUUCUAAUUCACUCACCACUCCGUCAAAGCUAUCCUCUACAUUAUUAUCCUUCCUAUACAGAUCUUAUAAUAUAAUAAUAAGAUAUGCUAUGGAGCACUGUGAUGUUUGUUCAUGGCCGGAAUCACUGGGUUGCUGUGCGUUUUCAGGGCUGGAACAUGGCAAACUCAUGAUGUUUGUUGCUGGGCUGUAAAUGUCAUUUCCUAAUUGGUUCGAUCAUAAAAACAUGGGGAAAGUUUAUUUAACUGCCAAAAACUUUGUUUCUGCAGGAGGGACAGCCUGCAGCAGCACUUCUUCUUCUUCUUCUUCUUCUUCUUCUUCUUCUUAUUAUUAUUAUUAUUAUUAUUAUAUUAUAUUAUAUUAUGUAUUACAAUUGUCACACUAUGAUUUUUGUUCCUGGGCUAUCAAUAAUAAUAAUAAUAAUAAUAACAAUAAAGCUGUAUUUGUAACCCGCCUUAUCUCCUCGAGGGAACUCAGGGCAGUUCAAUGCCAUGAUUUCCUAUCUGGUUCUUUCACAAAAACGUGGGAAAAGUUUCUCCAAGUGCGCAGGCCUUCUCUCUACGGGAGGGACAGGUUUUGCAACGGCUUUCCAGUUAAUCCCUCUUCAUCGAGUCUCAACCUGGUUUGUGGCACAAAAGACAACGUUCCCGGAGGAGAAGAGCAACGCCUUCCAGAGUCCGGACCUCACCAUUCAACAGGAAGCAACACUUUGGAUGUUGUUGUGGCCAAAAGUGUGUCCCAGGAGGGCCCUGAGGGCUGACCCUUGGCCUCAAACGGGUCUGUCCAGCCCUGGUGGCGGUCAGUGUGUUGGUCCUCCCAGGGCUGACCCUCCCUUUGUCCUGGGCAGGGCCAAGAAGAGAGGAAAGAAGGACGGAGCUUCCCUUGGCUGCCUGGAGACUGACCGCUUGCAGGUUGGAGGGCUGGACGGCCAGGAUAAGCAGUCCGGCCAUGCCGACCCCCGCGAGCCCCUCCUCGGACCGGGAGGCCCUGGAGCUGGACUCGGAGGAGGAGGAGGUCUCUGGCCACGAUGACCUCCUGGAUGGAAGGGAUCCAGGUGACCCCUGCCGGCCCUUGCGGUGCGUCUACCGGCCGAGGCCCCUCCGCUCCCCGGGGACACUCUUCCUGCCGGGGGUCACCCUCCUGGCCAAGGUCGAGGGCGCCGAGAGGUACACCAGCGGGUCCAAGGUGCGUCCGAACACGGUGUACUCCUUGCGCCUGACCCACGGGGCCUUCUCCUGGACCAUGAAGAAGAAGUUCAAGCACUUCCAGGAGCUGCACUGGGACCUCAUGCGCCACCGCAUGCUCCUGGCCUUCCUCCCGCUCUCCAGGUUCUCUGUGCAGGGUUCUCCUCCAGAAGCAGCCAGCCUGGGGCUGCCCUCUCUGCCCCAUGGAGGAGGAGGAAGCGGGGGUGAAGUGUCCCGGCGACCCUCCAGCAAACAGAAACAUCUGGAGAAAUAUCUCAACACCCUUCUGGGGUCCAGAUUCUACCGGGACCACCACGCUAUGACAGAGUUCCUGGACGUGAGCCCACUCUCGUUCAUCCCGGACCUGGGACCCAAAGGCCUGGAGGGCCUGAUCCUGAAGCGGUCCGGAGGGCACCGGAUCCAGGGCCUGAACUGCGCCGGACGCCACCAGAUCUGCUACCGGUGGUCCAAGAGGUGGCUGGUGGUGAAGGACUCCUUCCUGUUGUACAUGAAGCCCGAGUCGGGCUGCAUCUCCUUCGUGCUGCUUUUCGACACCGGGUUCCAGGUCCAGGUCGGGAAGAAGGCCGCCGAGACCAAGCACGGGGUCCGCGUGGACAACACCUGCAGGUCCCUGACCCUGAAGUGCAGCAGCUACCGGCAGGCGCUGUGGUGGUGCCAGGAGAUCUCGGAGCUGGCCCGGCGCAGGGGGCGGGACUUCCUGCGCCUGCACCGCCACGACAGCUUCUCCCCCGUCCGCACGGAGACCCCCGCCCGGUGGUUCGUCAACGGGGAGGGGUACUUCGCGGCCGUGGCCGACGCCCUGAUGCGCGCCAAGGAGGAGAUCUUCAUCACCGACUGGUGGCUCAGCCCAGAGAUCUACCUGAAGCGCCCGGCCCGGUCCGACGAGUGGCGCCUGGACCUCAUCCUGAAACACAAGGCCGAGGAGGGGGUCCGUGUCUGCGUCCUGCUCUUCAAGGAGGUGGAGCUGGCCCUCGGCAUCAACAGCGGAUACAGCAAGCGGGCCCUCAUGCUCCUCCACCCCAACAUCCAGGUCCUGCGCCACCCCGACCACGUCUCCUCCGUGGUCUUCCUGUGGGCCCACCACGAGAAGCUGGUGGUGGUGGACCAGGCCGUGGCCUUCCUGGGGGGGCUGGACCUGGCCUACGGACGGUGGGACAACCACGAGUACCGCCUCUCCGACCUCGACGGGCAGGACUGCCUCGCCACCAAGGGCGGGGCGCCCCCUUCUGGCAGGGAGGAGUCCCCCGUGGACCUGUCCAUCAACCAGCGGCUCUGGCUGGGCAAGGACUACAGCAACCUCAUUGCCAAGGACUGGGUGCAACUGGACAAGCCCUUCCAAGACUUCCUUGACCGCUGUGAGACCCCCCGGAUGCCCUGGAGGGACGUGGCGGUGGUCGUCCACGGAGCCCCCGCCCGGGACCUGGCCAGGCACUUCGUCCAGCGCUGGAACUUCACCAAGACCAUGAAGUCCAAGUACAAGGGUCCGCAGUACCCCUACCUGCUGCCCAAGUCCCCCAAAGUGGAGCCACACCUGCCCUACCUGGCGCCGGGGUCUCAGGGGGUCAACGUCCAGGUCUUGCGCUCGGUGGACCGCUGGUCGGCCGGCCUCCACGAAUGCUCCAUCUACAGCGCCUACCUGAGCGCCAUCCGGAACAGCCGCCAUUACCUCUACAUCGAGAACCAGUUCUUCAUCUCCUGUGCGGACGGGCGCUCGGUGCUCAACACGGUGGGCGACGCCAUUGUGGAGCGCGUGCUCGUGGCGCACAGCGAGAAGAAGCCCUUCCGGGUCUUUGUGCUGCUCCCGCUGUUGCCCGGCUUCGAAGGAGACAUCGCUCAGGGAGGAGGAAACUCCAUCCAGGCCAUCCUGCACUUCACCUACCGGACUAUUUGCCGCGGCGAGGCCUCCAUCGUUUCCCGACUCAGGACAGUCAUGGGGGAGGACUGGAAGAACUACAUCUCCUUCUGUGGGCUGCGGACCCACGGAGAACUACAGGGAAGGCUCCUCACGGAGCUGGUCUACAUCCACAGCAAGAUGCUCAUCGCGGACGACCGCCUGGUCAUCAUCGGGUCUGCCAACAUCAACGACCGGAGCCUCCUGGGGAAGCGGGACAGCGAACUGGCCGUCAUAGUGGAAGACACGGAGUUUGUGGCGUCCGUCAUGGAUGGUCAAGCCUUCCAGGCGGGGAAGUUCGCACUCAGCCUGCGCCUGGACUGCUUCAAGUGCGUUUUGGGUGCGUCCGGCGACCGUGACCCUGAGAUCCAGGACCCCGUCAGUGACCACUUCUUCCACGAAGUCUGGCAAAAACGGGCCUCCUCCAACGCCGACGUCUACGAAAAGGUCUUCCGCUGCCUGCCCACGGAUGCGGUCCCGUCCCAGCGUGUCCUGCGGGAGUACGUGGCCGUGGAGAGCCUGUCCUCGGCCAGUCCCAUCAUCGCUCGGGACGAGCUGCAGAAGGUCAAGGGACACCUGGUGCGCUUCCCGCUGGACUUCCUGGCCGAGGAGUCCCUCCUGCCACCCCUCGGGAGCAAGGAGGGCAUGAUCCCCGUCGAGGUCUGGACAUGAAGCCGCACUUUUGCCUGGGACUUCGCCAUUGGAUGCUGCCGUUGACCAUUGCUCUGAAGGACACGGUGCUGCCUUUCACCAACUUCAGCCGGACUGUCGGGCCGUGUCCAGCCUUGCUCCGUUCACACCAGCACUGCGCACACCUGGAUGAGAACCAGAUGUGUAUCAAGCCCUCUUGACCAUCACUCUCUUCAAAACAUUCCAGAAGGUCACAGGAUGCGGGAGCUGACCACUACGCUUCCUUCCUUCCCAUUGUUUACAUCCCAGAGCCACAUGUUCCAACUCCUAUCGCUGUAGCUUCAGAACCACAUCUUAUGGCUUUCCGAUGCGCGGAAGCUUGGAAACACUAUUUUAAAAAUAUUUUUGUAUAUUAUUAUUAUUAUUUUUGGGAUUCUGAACAUGAAUUAUUUUCCCACUCUGUAUUGUAUUCCACAGAGUGCCUUGCAGUGGAAGCUUGAACUGCAUUGUAUUGUCAGUGUAGGCGAGGCAUGGGCAAACUUCAGCCCUCCGGGUGUUUUGGACUCCAACUCCCAGCAUUCCUAACAGCCUCAGGCCCCUUCCUUUUCCCCCUCGGCUGCUUAAGCAAGUUAGUUUAUAACUGUUCAUACUGUUUAAAGAUACUAAACAUUCCUAAAUUACUCUUUUGGAUUUUUUUUAGUUUAAAAAUUUAAGAUAUUUUUAACAAAGUGGGGCAUAAGUUCCAUGGGACUGAUUUGAUAUUUCUGUGCCUGGCAUAGUUCUAAAAUCUGUUUGUACCUUUUUUCUGCAGUGAGCCAUAUUCCAAUAUUUAGUGUUGAAGAAAAGUAUUAAUAACUAAAGUUAUUAUCAGGAGUUAAGUUAUGUUUGUUUUGAACACACUUUUGAAAUCUCCCAUUUGUCAGGAUCAUGUCUGAACUGGUAUUGGCAGUCUCAGUGUGAGAGUUUAUUACUUUUAAUAAACCAUACUGCAUUGGGUUAAUUUGCCAAUUAUAGGAAAAUUUUACAUGUGUGCCAAAUAAUUAGUGGAAGCUUAACCCCACUUUAUAGCUCAGUUUUCAUUAAAUACAUAACAAAUCGUACAUACAUUCUGAACUAAUAUACACCCCUGCAUGUGUAGCUUGGUUGCUGUGAAAAGACCAUUGCUUACGGUGGUCUUUGCCUGUGAACUUGUAUUUUGAAGUGUCUUGGCUUUUUAUGUUAGUUUAUAACUGUUCAAACUGUUUAAAGAUACUAAACAUUCAUAAAUUACAUUCAUAAAUUACUUUGGAUUUUUUUUUCAAUUUAAUUUAAGGGGCCUGAGGGUGUUAGGAAUGUUGGGCAUUGGAGUCCAAAACACCCGGAGGGCUGAAGUUUGCACAUAUCUAGUACAAUGUUCUGCCUUAAGUAUCACUUACUGCUGCUUUUGGGGGGCUUGGCUCUCUUGAAUGGACCUUAAAAGCCAUACGGUGCCUUUUCUAUGCUGCAAUAUAUUCCGGGUGCUUCUUGCUCGUUGAUGAGUGCAAUAAAUACAUUUGCCUUUUC